GGCAAUUUUUGAACGCAUUGCUUGACGUGCGGUGGGGCUCCCAGGACCCACAUGCGAGCAGUGACGGCGUCAGUGUCGCAUUGGGCUACGAUCUGGUUCGGGAAGCCGCGGAGCAGCAUCAGGCGGACGCAGCAGCGGGAGGCGCUGCAGCAAAUCGCGAUGAAGAGGAAGACGCUCUGGUGAACAAUCUGUGGACGACGCAGCUCCAGUCCGACGGGCGGAAGGCCGCCAAGUGGUACCAAACGACGCUCCGAGUCUGUCUUGGUCUGGUUGUCGAAGUUCUGCUCCGCAUUUGCCUCGACGGCGGCGCGCGGUCGGCGCACGAGCCGACCCCUGCGAAUCUAGAUAUGGACCGGGACCAGGCGAGGAGCUUGUUGCACAGAACGCUCAACACUUGCCACGAUAUGAACCCGGUACUGGGGCUGUUCGAACAAGCCCGACUUACUCGGCUGCUGCAGCACUUUCAGGACGACUGGUUUGUAAACAGGGCGCAUCAGUACAAACUCGAGCUUGUCAACCUCGUAAAAUUCCCUCUGGACUAACUACCUACUUUACACAGUGUCGGAAGUGAACUUAAGUAGCAUAAAAGCUACCGGGAUCAACAAAUGUACUGAUAUCUUCCAGUGGGUACAGGUAAGCAUGCAAAUGUAUAUAUCUUUUUAUCUUUCGUCUACUCCACCACCUAUCUCUACCAAAAAUUCGAGUUGGAUUCGGUACUCGAUUUUCGUGGGUGGGGGCACGCGCACGACUGUAGUGCAAGAAGAUGAACCCACAAAAUGACUAUGUCAAUCAAGCAGGAUUAGAGCUAGAAAUAAAAAGCUGAUGAACGUGAGCAUAUAAUUCAUCUUCCGGAUCAUCCGCUGCUUCAUUUGUCGUUCGGUUCGGAAAGCUUCUUUAUGUCGGAUGUGUAUCUUCUAGUGAAUGUCAACAAGUGGAGACAGUCUGCUGUGAAGAAGAACACCAAGGCAUUCUCUAGUUGUGAGGCGAAUAUUGAUGUAAGUAUUUCGCUUUUUUGGGCCGGUAGCUAGUGAUUUCAUUCUCUCUAAAAAUGGUGGGGAGUCAAAUGGAAACGUACAUAUUUAUCGGCCUUCUACUACUUUCUACACUUGCACACAAGAUUCAUUCUCGUUAUGUGCAGGUGGUUGGACGAACGGAUCGGAUGCAUCCCUAAUUUCCGUUGAGUCGGACGAGGACGACUCGAGGAUAUUAUAAUGCGCCGAAUCUGCGUCACUGUGCCACGUUCCUUUGAUUUUUCCGUAGAAGUGGUUAUAUUACUCUUAUUUUCUUUCAGUAGAGCGUGGUUAACGUUCAUCUAGACGCUAAGCUGUUUCUGUCGUGAUGCAUUGAAGAAAUUUUAUUCGAGAAAUGCUUCGGAGUAUUUGUCUCUGCUAUUGCGUUUUGUUUUACAUUCGGAAUAGCAGAAUCCAAACAAAAAACGAAAACCAAAUAAAGAAUAAAGCUGAUUACUUGCAAAAAUAUCUGAAUCUGUUACUUUAUUUUUUGUUCCUGCGUGCCAUCCUCAUCUGGGUACCCUGCGAAGUUGGGUCUAAGUAUAUUUAUUUUGGGUAAAAGCUGCAAAUCCAAGGAUGAACAUCCAAAUCCAAUAUCCCAAUAGACCUGCUAGUAGCAGACGUCCACCUUGUUUUCGCAUUCGUACCUUCUACGUACCCGCUAUGAUACACAUCAUCGCGAUGGUGUCUAUUUUCACUUCCACUACGAUAUUGUUGUGCAAGUGCAACUGCAAACCAGAAAGGAAGUUGAAGUUCCUAGAGUGAAAAAGUGGGGCCGCGUAGGUUGAUGCAGUCAGUGCCCGAGCUGCAGAAUCUGUGAGACUGAAAUGCAACAUGGUAUUGAUUUUAGAAAAUUGAAAAGAAUGACAAUAAGAAAGCCGAUCAGCACACAUGAAGGGUGCAGCUGAGCGACACCGAAACAGUGCUACCGCUGUAGAUCAUUCACUUCUACUUUGGCAGACGGUGAGAC